GCGCCCUUAGACUAGCAGAGGCAGCCAAAUAUUUGACAAACUAGCAAUCGUCAGCUAGCCAGCUAGGUGUUGAACUAAUACUCCCUUAGAAAAAUAUAUCUCCAUACACUUGAGCCGCUUACGUUUAUGCCAAGGAUUUAGGUUUGCGUGUAAACAGGAUGUCAACUCCAGCAAGACGACGUUUAAUGAGAGAUUUUAAACGACUGCAAGAGGAUCCUCCAGCUGGAGUUAGUGGUGCUCCCUCAGAAAACAAUAUCAUGGUAUGGAAUGCUGUCAUUUUUGGACCAGAGGGAACACCUUUUGAAGAUGGAACCUUCAAACUUACCAUUGAAUUCACAGAGGAAUAUCCAAAUAAACCGCCAACAGUGCGUUUUGUCUCCAAAAUGUUUCAUCCAAAUGUGUAUGCAGAUGGCAGCAUAUGCUUAGAUAUACUUCAGAAUCGUUGGAGUCCAACCUAUGAUGUCUCUUCAAUCUUAACUUCAAUACAGUCUUUACUGGAUGAGCCAAACCCAAACAGUCCAGCCAAUAGCCAAGCAGCCCAGCUGUACCAGGAAAACAAGCGCGAGUACGAGAAGAGGGUUUCUGCUAUUGUUGAACAGAGUUGGCGUGACUGUUGACACCCAUUAACGUUCCGGUAUGACCAGUGUCCAGCCCAGAAUCAAGAAACCACCGAUCAAGAAAACAACUGAUCUCACAGAAAUAAAAUGACACAUCUUAAAAUC